AAAAGAAAUUCAACCUAUCCAAAAUCUGUUUCGAAUCAGAAUAAAGGACAAACACAUACCCGAUGAAUUCGAUUGCCCAGUGGCUGACCUCUUUUUCAGUUGGAUUUUUAGCAUCCGCGCAGGCGAUUCGCUUUUUCAAGACGGUCAACGAGGAGGAGUCGCCUGCAUGGAUUUCUAGCCAGCAGGAAACGGCGGCAAUCGAUGGAUUGUUCACAGAGGAACCGAAGAUCCUGGGAUCCGAACAGAUCAGCAGUGUCCUGCAGCACAUUUUCAGCAGUGAGCGGAAGUCCUGCCACGUUUACAUAGAUGCAAUGCACAACCGCAGUGUCCACAAACAGGAAUACACAUUGGGUUCCGAAUCCCUCAAUAGAAUGCUGGAGGACAUCAUGGACCCCAUCGGAAAUGGAAACUGCAGGUCCUUGGCCAUGGAGCCUGCCGUUGAAGUAUAAGGUUUAAGAUUUACCUCUCCGGCUAAUAAAUUUAAGUUGACUAAUUGA